GGGAGAUAUGCCUGGGGGCCUCUCCACCCAUUUCUCUUUACACGCACAGUAGAGAGAGAAAAAAUUAUCGCAAUCUGGUCUUUCUCCCUGAUUUUGUUUGGUUUUUUGUACAUAUUUAUUUAUUCUCUCUCUAAUCUAUUUCUAAAGCCUUUUCUUGUGAGAGAAAGAUUUGUUUGUUUUCCUUCUCGGAAAUUAUAUUUUUGCUGCUGUAUCGAUCGAAUCUGACAAUGAGGCGAGGCAGAGGAGCGACGGCGGCGGCAAGGCAAAUGGCGGCGAACGGCAGAGAGGCCAACGGAUCUGGAGGAUCUAAGGAGAUCAAAUUUCGGGGAGUGAGAAAGAGACCAUGGGGAAAAUUUGCUGCAGAGAUCAGAAACCCUUGGAAGAAGACUGGGGUGUGGCUAGGUACGUUUGAUUCUGCUGAAGACGCGGCUAGGGCCUACGACGCUGCUGCUCUAUCUCUCCGGGGCCACAAGGCUAAGACGAACUUUCCGUUAUCCAACACCCAGAACGGCGUCUUCCAUGAAUUCAACCCUCAAAAUUUUAAUAAUCAACAGAUCAGUAAUCUGCCUAACGAUCCGUUCAUGGUGGAUCCUCGAUUUUACCCUCAGGACCACCAGAUAGUUGGCCCGCAGAGGCCUACCUCCAGCGGCAUGAGCAGCACCGUCGAGUCGUUUAGUGGACCCAGGCAGCUGGCACCUCCGCAACUUAUUCAGCCGCAAAGGAGAUAUCCCAGGUCGCCGCCGAUGUCUCCUGACGACUGUCACAGCGACUGUGAUUCCUCCUCCUCCGUUGUGGAUGAUGGUGAAUGCGACGUCGCCGCCUCCUUAUGUAAAAAGCCUUUACCUUUCGACCUCAACUUCCCGCCGCCAAUGGACGCUUAUGGUGUAGACUCUGACGUGUGCGACCUAGCUUGCACGGCCCUCCGACUUUGAUGUUGUGUCCUGAUGACGACCAAAUCAUUUGGAAAACUCAUCUAGUUAAAUUACUUAUUUCUUUUCCUUUUUUUAAUUUUUUGUUUUUAUUUUGCGGAGGAAAACCCUAAAAAAAUGAAAAAAAAAAUGCUCAUAGCUAGGGUAAAGCCUUUGGUGAGAUAAAAACUAAAGUGGGUUGGAGGUCAGGCUGCUAUGGGUAUCCUGUUGUUUGAAGAGGAUUUACUUGAAUUAGAUUUAUAAAAUUGAUGUUAUGGAAAAUAGAGGAUAUUAUGAUGGAUGGAUAUUCAGUGUCCCUUUGUGAUAUUAUUGUCUUUCGAUGAUUGCGUGUCAUCGACUGUCCUAUUGACUUCUUUGGAAUGUAUAUGAAAUCUGUUGUCGAAGACUUGUGUAUUGUUUUA